CCCCAAUUGGAUUCAGUUUCGGAAAAGCGAGACAUGGCAAACAUGUAGUGGAGCAACUGGCCGUGACCAUCGCGUGCAGCGCAGCACGAGAGCACGUCGGGAGCUUCUUCGGCGCGUGAACAGCUGUGUUCUGAUGGAGGAAACUCGAUAAAUCGAUGACAUUUUUUGAAACAGCAUGAAAGCAUCUGGAUGUCAAGAUCCAGACGGUGGAUGCGCGCUGGAUCCAGAACCAACGGACAGGAUGAACUGAGACAUUACGCGCGAUAGGUUGCCACGGGCGAGCGUUAGGUUUGACCUCUGUGGAAAUCAUUUCUGAGAGAGACUAUUUGGUGCGAAUGUAUCAAUGAAGAAUGUGACUGCGCCUGACUCUCUCCAAACGGGGUGGAUGAAGCCCUCGGCGGUGUCAUGCGUCUUGCCCCGCAGCCAAGCGCGCAACCCUUGCGGCUCAUAGUUCUGCUCCUCCUCACCACGGGGGUGAUCGCAUCCCCGGUGCUCUCCUCCGGCUGCCCGGACAGGUGCGUGUGUGAUGACCAGCUGGUGGUUCAGUGCGCUGGGCAGCAUCUGACUACCUUCCCGGUCAACUUGCCGCUGGCCACGCGGCAGCUCAUCAUCUCCAACAACCGCAUCGUGGAGCUGCCGCCGCUCGCGCUCAACUACCUCUCCGAUCUGGUGUACCUGGACUGCAGCAACAACUCCCUGACGGAGAUUUCAGAGUCCACGUUUGGGAAUCUACGCAAGCUGGCCUACCUGGACCUCUCCUUCAACACCUUGACCCGCAUCGAAGACAGGACCUUCGGCCCUUUGGCAAGUCUGGUGAUGCUGAGGAUGACGGACAACCCGGGGCUCUCGGAGAUCCAUCCAGACGCCUUUGCGGAAAACGCUGCCCUUCAGGUUCUGGAUGUGAGCCGGAACAACCUGACGGCCCUAAACAUCACCUCCCUGAUCGCGCUGCCUGCCCUGCGCUCCGUGGGGCUCAGCGGGAACCCGUGGAGCUGCGAGUGCGACAACGAGGACCUGUGCCUGUGGGUCCACCUGGAGGGCUUCAAGUUCCAAGAUGAGGGCCAGACAGUGUGUGGCUCACCUGCUGACAUGCAGGGCCGUCGCCUGGGUGAGGUGGGCAUCCAGCUACGGACGUUAUGUCACCAGACUCUGGGCUCCUGGGACUACCUUUUCUUUGUCGUCAUCGGCUUCGUCAUCUUUGCCGCCGGCACCGUGUCGGCCUGGGUGAUGGGCGUCAUCAUGGUGCUCUACGAGCGCUACAUCAAGAAGAAAGACGAACAGCUGGAUGUGGACGAGGAGGAGGAAGCCGGUGAGACGGGUCGUACCUCACGGGCCAGGAGUGACCAUGGCAAUGGGAAUUUAAAAAGCACACAUAAUGUUUAAAAGAUUAAUCCUUACCCUGCCCGCUAUGGAUUCCCACAGUGCCUCCUGUCAACUUCCAGGACUGUCUGUGAAGUCUAAUGAAACUGCAGUCAAACGGAGUCUGUUACCAGGUUCAAGUCUGACAGAGAAAAGAGAGGAUUCAUCAGAUAAGGAGAAUGUCACUCCACUUAUGUGCAGUAGGCUUUCAGGUGAUGUAACACACACUCUGGCUGCCAUAGUGGAGGUCUGUCCAAUGUCUGACUGGGAAAUGGUUAUCUCUGCUGAAAAAGCAACCUAUAGCAGUAAAGGUUUUUAUUUUGGAAGCAGCUAGCUCGCCAUGCUCUGAAAUAACAUACUGGAUUAGCAAAGGCUAUUGAACAUAUGAUCAUUUUGGUUUAUAUACCAGUAUCAAUGGUCUCAUUUCCUUUUUUAAAGGAAUAUUUUGACAUUUGAGGAAGAGAUAGUAGAAUGAGAAGAUCGAUACCACUCUGAUUGGGCACUAAAUAUAAACCAACAGCCUUAGCUUAGCUUAGUGUAAGAUCUGGAAACAGGGAGAAACAGCAAGCACGGCUCUCUCUAAAGGUAACAAAAUUUUACACUAAACUAAGCUAAGCCCUAUGGGCUGCUAGUUGUAGUUUUAUAUUUAACUGACAACUACAAGAAUGGUAUCAAUCUCCUCAUCUAACUCUUGGCAAGAGAGCGAAUACAAGUAUCUCCCAAAAUGUCAAUAUUUUGUUUAUCCAUCAUCUGGGUCCAAAGACCAGCAUAGGAACAGCAGUGCUCAUCAAAGUCCAGCUCAGACCAUCAACCCACAUGCUGUAAGAUGAUGUAAACCGUUUGGUUUUAAAAGGAUUUUGCCAGUUGGAAAAAAUAUCUAGUUGACUUCAUGUUCACAUUGUGAAUUAUGUUUGGUUGUUUAUACACCUAAACUGACCAUUAGCUACGAUAUCCAUUAGAAAACAUUGUUGUUUUCCUAAAAUUAGAGGAUAAGAUUGAAGUCAACAGUUUCAGCCUCAGUUCUCAAUAAAACAAAAUAACUGGGGCUUGUGAUAUUAUAAAAUUUUGUAAAAUAGUCUUUUAUAUAUAAUAUUUCAAAUUGGACAGGCUCACUUAUGACUGAUUAAUCUGACAAUUUAUGUCUAGAUCCCACUGAUAUAGCAUUGUUUGCACAAAAAAAUCACCAGUGGACCUCUAUGAUGGUGAUGAGCAUAGUAGGAGAAUUGCAAUGCCACUUCACAUCUUUGUAAAACUGAAAGUGGUAUGGUCAUUCUACUCAUUAGUAUGAAAGGAGAGAAUUAAAUGAAUUUAUAUGACCACAAUUACGCCUGUGUAAGUUAGUAACAGUGUGCACAUACAUGCAUGACGUAGCUGUGUGUGUGAGUGAGCUUUUACUGACAUGAAUGUGUCAAUCUGUGCUCUAGCAGUGGGUUUUUUAGAUAGUUCACGUCACCUCCCCUCAAUUAUGAUCCCAAAAACUGCAGUCAAGGCAUUUGUGUUGGGGAUCUACAGUAUUUGUGAAGUUGGGAGAGCCAACAUGUGCCAUCUGCUGAGGUCUGUUUUGGCAGCAGGCCCUGCUGGAUGGCAAGUAAACAGGAGAGUGUGAUAAUUGAUUUAGGCUUCGUUGUCUCUCUGUGUUGGGUAACUGAUUGGUGUGUAGUGUCCUCUCUGUUUCUGCAUGCACUGUUGAACCAAAAAGCCUUAUGAGGUAUGUAUAAGCUGUGAGACCGACCCGUUCAUUUAAAUAAAGACAGAAAUGGAAAUUACUGUAGAAUACAAGAGAUCAUAAAUAUAUCAACGCUGUCAUUGAGAAAAAUUAAACUACCUUGAUUUAUUUAUUAUUUUACAGUUAAAUCACAAUUAAAUUAAUUCUUGAUGUAUUUAGCCAGUGAUAACAAUUCUACAGCAAUAAGACAGCUACUGAUGUCAGAAUUCAUUUCAGUCCACAAUGGUAAAUAUCACUUUACUGUGAUAUCAGCGCCUUGUUGAUUUGUUUUGCCUCUAGUUUGCAAUGUAACAGAUUUAGUGCAGAAUCAUGGCUUACAUAUUUUUGCUUAUAGUUAUCUGGCUGUACCACUCCACUGACCGUGACAUUGACUGUUAUGAGCUUUAGAAUGAGCUGGAAGGAAUAAAACUCUUGUUGGACAAAGGAAAUCAAUAGGUGGCUAUCACAAUGCCAUCCUGUAUGUGUGUGUCUGUGUGUGUGUAUCUGUACAGCUGGUUGUGUAUCAGAAUUAUUUACUUGAUUUGAGAACAAAAUUGAACCUGUGAGGGACCUGAGAUGGAGAACAAAACGUUUUUGUUUUUCCUCAUAUUUUACUUUAAACAGUUUUUACUUGACUGUUUGAAAUUGAAAAGUUUGGAUAAGCCACCAAGUAACUGUAAUAACAGUGAUAUUUUUGAAAUCUGUGUUAGCAAGGUAACAUAGACCUUUAUCACAGAAGGCAUUUUGACAUGUGGCAGUAAGAAAAGCACAGGUGUAAAUUAUAAAGUUAACUGUGUCGGAAUCCAUUUAGCUGCUUCAGUUUCAGUAGUCUGGUGUUGUGUAUGCUGGCUCACUGUCAUGGCGUACUGUGACAUUUGAACAGAGUCGUCACUAAUGCUAUUUGUAACAGCUGAGCUUUUCCAACUGUGACAAGUCAAAAUGACCAUUGUUAAAAACACAAUACUAUGAUGGUAUUAUGUGACUUUUAUCCAUUAAACUGUUGUGCACACCAGGUUGUGAGAGGUGAGGCUGUAGUUGUACUGUUAUUAGCAUGUAGUACUGGUUAGGUGAUACUUAUGAUGAAAAGGUGUGAAGAUUCCACACAAUCUGUUAUCCUUCUGUAAUGUGAUCCACAAUAGUACUGAGAAACCUCUCCUCACACAUUUACUGGCACUCACUUGUGCUUAUAAUUGAGAUUUGUGCAAAAUGAAUUAUAUACACAAAGGUACUGGUUCAAUUAAUGAACCAGUGGUAUAAUAAUAAAAAGAGACCUUUUUAAUGGCAAGCAUUUUGACUGUAAUAAUAUGAAAACCUUAUGUGUAAUCAAUGUCAAGAUGUUAUUAAUUACACUUGUGCUUUUCCUGCUAUGACAACUCAAAAUAUUUUGUUGCAAAAACAUGGUGUAAGAAAACAAAGACCACUGACAUAAGAUGCUCAGGAAUGAAUCCUGUGCGUGUGUUUGUUUAUGUGCGCGCACACGCGUAUGUUUGCUUGCACUCUGUCGUCAUAUAGGAGAGUGAUCUUGAUUCAUAGCAGUAAGCAUUACUAUGCAUGUACCAAUAUACUGAUCUAAACAUACUUACUGGCAUGGCAUACGAAGCUGGGUGCCAAAAGUGUCAGUCCAAGAUAGCGACCCAUGUACUGUAACUGUAAGUAUCUUGAGAUGCUGAGUGUGCUGGUUGCUCUCAUGACUUUGGGUGUAUUAUUUGCAUGGGUUUCUACAGUGUACAAAAUUCAGUGCAUAAUAUGCAUGUCUGUUGAGGUCUGUGUACUGAACUCUCAUCUAUUUCUACAUACAAUGCAUUCAUAAACCAGAUCUCAACUGUGAGGGUGAAUUACAUUCUGCUAAGCACACUGAUUAGGCCAUGUGAUGCCACAGGCAAGGGUGAGGGUACAGCCUGCAAAUAGGAUACUAGCUGGCUGCUCUAAUUCAUGCCAGCACAGUGACACAGAUGGAAUGACAAGGAAUACCCACAUGUCUCUCUUUUAAAAUAAACAUGUAUAUAUAGUUGCUGUUCCUCUGCACUUCACACAUGGCGAGCACCUGACUCUGAAAACUCUAUACUGGCAGAUUUUGCUCCAUGGAGGUUCUAUAUAACAGCUGAAUGUGCUGUUAACAGCAUAUAAUGUACGAAGUGGAUAAGCUGAAUUUCAAUAUUCUGCACUUUUUACACCCCCACACUGCAAAAUCACCCCGUAUUGAGGCACAUGUAUGCAUGUGCUCAGACACACAGAAACAAAAGCAUCAGUUCUGCCCCCAUAGCCAACUCCAACACAAAUCACCUCUUAGUACAAUGUACUAUGUAAAAGCUUAGAAGAAGUGCUCUAUGCUCACAAAUGGGUACAUUACAGACACUAACCAGAACAGCAUCUUCCCACAUGAUUAAAAGAACAAAAUCCAAAAUGUAAAAUAGUUAAACGUUUGAAGAUGAGAAAAUUGAUACCACUCUCAUAUGUGUAUGGUAAAUAUGAAGCCACAGCUAGCAGCUGUGCUCAGCUUAGCAUUAAGACUGCAAAUGUGGGGGUAAUGGCUAACCUGACUCUGUCCAAAGGUUAAAAAAAAUCCACCUACCAGCACUUCUAAAGCUCAGUAAUUAACACACUUGUCUUAUUCAUUUAAUCUGUAACAACAAAAGCUAAGCUAAGCUAACAGGCUGCUGGCUGUAGCCUCAUAUUUAGCAUACACAUAUUGAGAAAGGUGUCAAUCUUCUCAUCUAAUGCUCAGCAAGACAGUGAAUAAUUGUAUUCCCCAAAACGUUGAACUGCUGCUUUAAGUUGACAUAUAGUGGAACUAAUGGGGAUAUUAUUGUGCUUGAGAAUGGAUGUUUGUUUGCUUCUCUGUAUUCCAUCAUUCAGCAGCCAAACUGAGGUAGUGGUCAGGAUGUGCUUCAGGACAGAGAUGCACUCAGCUGGCUAUGGUCACAUCAAUAGCACAGCUGUGACUGAAAGCCCUGUUCAGUGAAUAGACGAGAAAAUUCACACAGCUAUUGCAUACAGAGGCUCCUGCAGCUCCUUUUUCCUGCCUGCGGUUGUUUAACUCAUAUUUUCGCACCAUUAUGUGCAUCUACUGAGCUGAAGGCAAACUGGCCGCUGUAAAACGCCCGCAGAUGGGAGAUGUGACAUUAAGUAAGAGCGGCUCUAACCGACCGUAAUAGCCCUCUGACACAUCUACUUACAAACACACUCACUCACAAACACACACACACACAUGCAAACAAAAUAGGAAGAAAAUCCUUUAGACAGAGCAGUGCAAUGAUUUGCACCAAAGUUAGAAAUGAGAAAUAUAUUUCCACUGACUGGUGCUUGGAAAGUGGGUGCCUGUUUCAGUUAUUUCAUGAAAAUUUCAUCAUUAAUCACUGCCACAUAUGGAUGAUAGCACUAAAUUACUGUCACCCGAAUCAAAAUCCACCCAUACUGCUGCGCUAAGCUGGAGCGUAACAUGAUCUGGAGCUGGAACAUAAAUGAACUGCUGCAACUUAUAUUAAGUUAAAUAAAUUUCUUAUGCUUACAAUUGUAAACAUACAACCAGUGUGUACAGCGAGUGCUCCUGUUUUGUACUCUCAUUUGUUUUAAUGGUUUGUCUCUUCAUAUUUUGACCACAGUGAAGCGCAGAAAGAGGGAAAGAAAUAAGCAAAAUGCCUGGUUUUCGUUUCAGGCCAAAAAUGACUUUUCCAGAGUUUUCUCCAGUUUCUUUUCCUGCACUUUUUCCAUCAUUAUCACAUUGUAUUAUCAUCAGAAAUUAUUUGUCAGCUGGGAUUUAUUUUAAAUGAAUGAAAUUAUUGUGUUCGAUCUUAUGUUACAUAUUGUACAUUUUCUAGUGGACUUGAUAUUGAUGAGCUCUGUUUAGCUUUCUCCUCUGGGAAAGUGGCUAUUGAUUGAUGAUGAAGAGUGAGUCCCUGCCUCCACUUGGCAGACGAGAGGAUGGUCCUACUGCUGUUACAUAUCUGCUCACAGGCUCAGGGGCCUGCCAACUCUGUAUCCUUCCCCAGCAAUAAAAGGUCAUUUGAGAGGA